AGCAAAGCGCAGGUAUGAAUCGCCAGAGAACCUCGAGUGAUAAAAUCCCGUUGAUAUCUAAUCCAUCGCGUCCCAAAUCAUCCCAAAAUCCCUUGUUUUUUGGAACAUAACUCAAACCGAGCGAUCUCCAGCCAUUAUUUGUGAAACUAAACCGCGAUGUUUGUUCGUUUUCCACCUCAGACAUGGCCAUCAGGUAUCCUAUGGCGGUUGGUCUUAAUAAAGGCCACCCAGUGACCAAAAACCUCUCCAAGCCCAAACAGAGCCGCAGGAGAGGGCGUCUGACCAAACACACCAAGUUCGUGCGUGACAUGAUCCGCGAAGUGUGCGGUUUCGCGCCGUACGAGAGGCGCGCGAUGGAGCUACUGAAGGUGUCCAAGGACAAGCGCGCGCUCAAGUUCAUCAAGAAACGGGUGGGAACUCACAUCCGUGCCAAGAGAAAGCGGGAAGAGCUCAGCAACAUUCUGGCCGCGAUGAGGAAAGCUGCUGCUAAGAAAGAGUAGCCUGCGUAAUGAUGAAUAAAUCUGUGUGUGUGGAAACCA